AUGAUCGCGCCGUCUGCUAUGCGUCGAAGCCGCCAUGUGUAUGGGAGGCGUGCCAGGUUUGUUGUUGCCGGUUCGAGCUUCAAUAGGGAGGGUGUGGUCAAGAUGUUGGAUGGGUUUGUGGAGAUGGCCAUUGUGAGCACCUUGCGCAAGGCCAGGGUCAAGACCGAGUCUACAAGCGUGCGAAGGGCUGCAGCGGCCAAGGAGCUCGAUGAUCAGGCGUUCCUAUUGGAGGCGCAAGAGGAGGUCCAAUGGCACAUCGAGCUGAACGAUACGUGGUUCUGCCAAGAGACGCUCUUUGAUCUCAUGGAGAACCCACACAGGUUUGGUUGGGAGCAGGAUGUGUGUAAUCUAAGUGACAGGAGUUGA